UGAAUCUUCCUAAAAAGUAGAAAAAGCAAAAACAAGCUUGUGAAGUAUGGUUGAUGCUUUAGUCUCAUUUGUGAUUGAGAGGCUUGGGGAGUAUGUAAUCCGAGAAGUAGAGUUCUUUCGAGGAGUGAAAGGCGAAGUGGAAUCAAUGAAGAACGAGUUGGAAUGGAUGCAUUGUUUCAUAAAUGAUGCACAAAAAAAACAAGUUAACGACGAUACCAUACGGCGGUGGGUACUUGAUAUCAUGGACAUCGCUUAUGAUUGUGAGGAUGUCUUGGAUGAAUUUAUUUUCAAAGUCCACAAUGAAGGGAUUCCAGAUACGCUGAGUGUCGACCAAGCGACUACUUCAGAGAGAAGGCAAAGAUUCUUAACUUUCUUGGAGAAGAUUUGUUGCAUUAUUUGCAGCAAAACCCGGCAACAGAUUGAUUUAUAUGGCAUUGGCAAACAGAUUGAAAGACUAAAGGGUAGACUUAAUGAUGUUUCUCGCAGACGUCAAUCGUAUAACCUCCAAGACAUUAACAACAACAUAGAAGGAGAGAGCUCGGCUCGUGGCAGAUUGAAUUCACUAAGAAGAAUCUCUUCCUUCCAGCUUGAAGAAAUGAACGUUGUUGGCUACGACGAUGAUACUCGCACAUUAUUGGCUCACCUACUUGAUAAGAAGAAACCACAAAGUUUCGUAAUCUCAAUCUUCGGCAGCGGUGGUUCGGGUAAAACAACUCUUGCUGGAAAGCUUUAUCAUCAUGCAGAAAUCAAGAAUAAUUUCAGUCAUCGUGCCUGGGUUUCUGUGUCUCAACAUUACGACACUAAAGAUCUUCUUCAAAGAAUUAUAUAUUCUUUCAAUAAGGAUCGAGACUUGCCAAAAAUGUCAAAGGUAGAUAUGACAAAUGAAGAAUCAAUGGGAAGAUAUCUUAAAAAAUCCUUGGAAGGACGCUCAUAUUUGGUGGUGAUUGAUGAUAUCUGGCAUAAAGAAGCUUGGGAUAGUCUGAAAAGAGCCUUUCCAGCUGAGAACAACGGCAGCAGGGUAAUCAUGACCACUCGCAUCAGAGACGUCGCUGAGAGAGUAGACGACAGUACUUUUCCUUAUGCACUUCGAUUUCUAAGGCCAGACGAGAGUUGGCAGUUAUUUUGUACGAAAGCUUUUAAGAAUUCACAUGUGGACCAAGGAUUGGAGCAGCUGGGCAGGGAAAUGGUGCAAAAAUGUGGCGGUCUACCACUAGCCAUCAUUGUAUUGGGUGGAUUAUUAGCCUCAAAGACAAGGAAAGAGUGGUCCGAGAUUCGUAAGCACAUCUGGAAUGAUAUGGUGAACCAGAAUAUUGAAAUCACGUAUUUAUUGGCUUUAAGUUUCGAUGAUCUACCUUCAGAGUUGAAGGUGUGCUUUCUUUACUUGGGCCUCUUUCCAGAAGAUCAUGAAAUCAAAAUAAGGAAACUAAUCCGAUUGUGGGUGGCUGAAGGUCUCGUAUUGCAAAAGGGAGAAAACACAAUGGAAGAGUUGGCUGAGAAUUACUUGGAUCGGUUGAUCAACAGAAGUCUGGUUCAAAUUGGCCUAACUAGUCGAGGUAGAAUUUUCACAUGUCGAGUCCAUGAUCUCUUGCGGGAUCUAGCAAUUCGAAAGGCCAAAGAGCUCAACUUUUUUUGCACCAAGCAUGAAACCCAAAAUUUAGUUGAGUCCACAACAUCACGACGACAAGCUUUUUAUCCUGGGAGAAAUACGCCUUUGCUCCUUCAACAUUGCAGUCUACUCUCUCGUUCCCUUUUUUUCUUUGGUCAAUCCUCCUUUCUUGACCUACCAAAAGUUUGCAUAGGUUUUCGAGUGGUAAGAGUUCUCUAUCUUGAUAAUUGCUACUUCGAAAAUUCAAACAACUUACCAGAGGAGAUAGAAAAGUUGAUUCAUUUGAAGUACUUGGGAUUAAGAAAUACAUCUAUUCUUCAUCUUCCAUCUUCGAUUGGCAAGUUGCAGAGCCUACAAACUCUGGACUUAUCAACAACACGUGAGCACGGUGGGCGUAUUCAAAUACCUUCUGAAAUACGUAUGCUAACGGAGUUGAGGCAUCUUAUUGGAUGUUUUGAUACGAAAUUGAAGAUUGACAAUUUGACAAAACUUCAAACUUUAAAGAACGUACACGGUUGGGUUUGGACUCAAAUUAAGACAGAAAAGCUGGUUAAUCUUCGAGAGCUGAGAAUUUAUUGGAACUAUCCUACAAAGAAUGGCGAGGUCACUUUGGAUUCCAUUGCCAACCUGAAAAGUCUACGGAUUUUAUCGAUUACAUUAUUCGAUGGUAGCAGUUAUUUUGGUUCAUUGGAACCCCUCUCUCAUUGUGAACAUCUUCAGGACUUAAACUUGGAAGGGAUUAUACUGAACCUACCAGAAAACCUGCAUGAGCUAGUGCCAAAUCUUGAGUGUCUAUCAUUAGAUGGGUCAAAUCUGAAAGAUGAUCCGAUGCCUAAAUUAGAGAAGUUGUUGAACCUCACGCAUCUCCAGUUGGGCUUCGAUUCUUAUCGAGGAAGAAAGAUGACAUGCUCAGCUAAUGGUUUUCCUCGGCUUGAAAUUCUAAAUCUUUGUCCGGGGCCUUUGUUGAAUAAGUGGGAUGUAGAACAAGGAGCUAUGCAUGUGCUCAGGGAUUUGAAAAUCGUAGUACACCCCGAAAAGGGGCUUUCAAAAUGGGUGAGGUCCAUCAACACUCUAAAAUUGUCAGCUCGAGUGCAUCUGGAGCGUGAUACCAUCUGUCGCCUUUGACUUUCGUUUGUUGUGUUGCGCGUUCAUCAAAUUUGUAAUUUGGUAAAUCGAUUUUUUUUUUUUUUCAAUCUGUAAUUUGAUGUGCUUAAUUCUCUCUAACUUGUAAUUUGGCAAGUUUUUAAUUGUUAAUUUGUUGUGCUUUCAUGAAAAGUUGUAAUUUUCGGGAAGAAAGGCUUGUUUGCAUUACUUUUCCUAGUUAAUUUGUAGCACUUAGUUGUUUAGUCAUUUUCUCUUCUUGGAGCUAAGCAUUUCCUCAUGAGAUUUGUUCAAGGACAUUCACAUUCAUUUAGUUUAAGUUUUGUCUUUUAACAUUUUGUAGUAGUUUAAUUUUAUAAAAUAUAUAUUUCGACCGAGUCUCUCACAUCCCGGUAAUCGGAUUUAUACAUGCUUGGACAAUCUC